AUGAAAACCAAGCAAAAGGAUGCUUUGAUACGUGCCAAAGAGCGGCUUCUCAAAUCUAUACCAGAGGAUCAACCGUCUUCGACUACCCAUCAUUCCAGCCAUCCAGUACCUUCAAAAAACACUGAAGUGGAAGUCGAUUCCUCACCUCCUGUCGAUGCUUACAGUUUUGCUAGGGCCAGAAGGGUUAAACCUUCACCUUAUCCUACCAGAACUUCGAGAAACGCACGACUGUCAAAACCCAAACCUGCCGCCCCCAACAAAGGUGCAAUUCCUUCAUCCGAUCCACCACAGAAGGUAAUGGUUCAGUGUGGCUUUGAGAUAAGAGUUGGCGGUAAAUUCCAGCCUAAGCUUUCCGAACCUCGAACCCCUCACUGGAUUGAAACAGGAAACAUCAACUCGCACAACAUUUUACUCAGCGAACUUUGCCAGAAAUAUGUUGGUCACGACCUUGGGGGAUACGGUUCUUUUUCUAAAAAUCACUUUCCCUUUUCUAAACUCGGAUCAAAAGUUGCUGGAGUAGACGACCAGGCAUCAUUUAUAUUCCAUCUUGAGCAGAACAAAUUUAUUGAUCUCAUCUUUAACUAUGAUGCUUACGAUAAGAAGUGCUUGAAAGAAGAAGAAGAAUAUAGUCAAUCGGAUUCAGAAUUAGAGACUCUUGACUCCAUACGUAUUAUUAAUCCCAAAAAGAAUCCUAGACUUCCUCUUAAUACUCCAACUAGCUACACUAUAGAAUCAAAUCUGGACGGAAAUAAUAACCAGGUGUUGGAUAAUGCUAGUAGUUUAGGGAUUGACCAGUCUGGUAUUUAUAGCGGUCAAACCACUCCAGCAUUCUUUUCAUCUCUCUCCUCCGUUUCGGAUCGGUCUCAAAUCCAAAUGCUUCCAAAUCUGGCGGUCCAAAGGUGCCCACCAUGGGUGUUCAAUCCAAUAAUGGAUCUGUCAAAUUUUUCUUGGGAUCGCUUUGGUUCGACCAACUUGUCAACACUUUUCACCGAUCAAAAUGGACUAGGUUGGACAGAAGGCAUACGACUCGAGCUUGAUCCAAAUGGGAUUGACAUGUUCCGUCGACUAGUACAUUAUAAGAUCCACGAGACAGAAGUGAUUUCUGAAAGUGAAAAGGGAAGAGUUGUUAAAGCCGAUCUUUUGGACACCCCGAACAUCCACUCGAUGAUUGUCAAAUGCUCUACUAAACGCCAACAUCCAAGUCUGAGCCACCUACCCUUUCCGAUAUACCGAGCAAGAUCUUAUGCUGCUGCUCGUCAAUUCUUGGCGUUAUUCACCAACUCUGUUUUAACAUCUUCUGUGGCUGCAUCCGAUCUGAAAAAUCUUGCACAGAACUUACGUAUUGUACAAGCCUUUCCAAUGUAUCCCGAUCCUCAACAUCCUGAAAGAUCAUAUUCAGAUUUCCCUGAACGAGAGAACGAUGUGCGCGCAAGCUUUGAAGCCGAUCCAAAAAAGGUAUUCUUUGUCGAGGAAUACAUCACUGGAACUUGGAAAACCCUCUUGGAUCCAGACACUUUCAACACUCGACUUAAUGAUUACUCACCUGCAAUAGAUCACUUGAUGGAGGCCUUUCAACAUUGGACAUACAACUAUACAAAAGGACAAAUCGUGGUAACCAAUCUGAAGGGUGUGGCGCCAGUUAUGAGCAAACCCAAAAUAGUGGACUUGAACCGAGAGUAA